AUGUCCACUGCUAUGAAGAAAACCGUGAAGGAGGCCAAGAAAGGACCCUACACGUGCGGCCAGUGUGAUCAGAUUUUCACUCUGAGCACCUCACUCACCCGCCACCAACACCGAGCUCACAGCAAGCAACACAUGUGUUUUCUGUGCGAUCAAGACAACGGAAUGACAAUUUUCGGAGUCAAGAUCAAAGAGCACUUGGAGACUGUGCACAACGUGUCCAAGAUGGUCUCAUGUGUCUGUUGCCAAGGCAUCUUUGGCGACAAGUCACAGCUGACGAUGCACAAGAAGGCGAUGGAGGCGACUGGACGGCCGGGUAACGAGGUCUUCCUGGCGAAGAGCCAAGCUUUUGCCACCGUCGCCUCCGAACCGGUCCCAUCGCCGGAGGUCCAAACUCGGAAGAGGACCCGCAACGACAACGAGACGGACAAGGAGAACGUACCGAAGAGAAGGAAGACGGCUGUCCGGACGCAGAGAGAGAUCCCCGAGUCGGAGAGAGCGGAGAGAGCGGAGAUGCUCAUGCUCCGUAUAUAUAAUGAAGUGAUCAAUCGCCCCAUCGAGGAGCCGGAGUAUUGGCCGACGGUGAAGUGCAACUUGGGAGCCGACUUCAACAAGCCGCCGUUGAUUCUCCGAAGAUGA